UCGGUUACAAUUUCAAGUGUGACAUAUUUUCGAUGUAUUAUAUAUUUAGUUUUACCCUUCGAUAUCAUAUUUUAAAGUUCAUCCCAUGAAAACGAACCAACGAAAUUGGUAAAAUGUUUUGUUUUAAACAUUCAGAUCUUGUCUCAGCUACAUACAAAGGAAUUUCAUACCUGCUUGAUCCGAAACAAUGUGGAAAGACAGGCAAUUUUGUUGUAGUCGUUUUGGGUGGUGCUCCUGAAGCAUUGGAUUCACGUCCUGGGAAAUAUGUCUUCCAUACUAAUCGACGAUACGGUUUCUUUAAAUUAGCAUUACUGACUGGUUCGGACUUGGUACCAUGUGUUUCCUUUGGCGAACCAAAUAUGUAUAAACAAGUACAUAAUCCAGAAGGCAGUUGUAUAAGACACCUUCAAAAUCGAUUUACUGAAAUGGCUACAUUCUCACCACCACUGUUUUAUGCUCGUUGUUUAUUACCUUAUCGUGCAACUGUCAAUACUGUCAUUGGACGACCAAUAUAUUGUGAGAAGAAUCCAAAUCCUACCAGAGAACAAAUAUCAAUUCUGAAAGAGUUAUAUCUGAAACAAUUACAAAAUCUUUACAAUAAAUACAAGCCAAUCUAUGAUCCAAAUGGAGAUUUAACAUUUGUUUAACUGUGAUGUUGUUAUUUUUUGUGUUGACUACCAGAUCUCCAGUAAAAAUACACCAAACAUUAACAUAGUCACACUAAGACUUUUCUGAUUCUAACAUAUUUUUUUCUACAUCUUGAUUAUUAUAAUAACAAUAAUAACAAAUUCAUUACAUACAUUUUCUCUGGAAAGAUUCUUUAGCUAUCCAUA